AUGAGUUCGCAGCGAGACACUUUCGAACCGGCCAACGUGCCGAGACCCGAGAACCUGGGUGAGCGUCGUGGAUAUAUCAACCAAUAUAUCCAGCGCUUUCACAGCGACUUGGUCCCUCAGAUUGAGGAGAAGCGCAAAGAGGCGCUUUUGUCUAUGUGCACCGUCCACCAUGACCGUGGUAUGAUCGACGUCCCUGCCGUGUACUUUGAGUACACAAUCGACAAGACUCUGUGGCGCGACAUCUUCUUGCACCUCGGCGAGCAGGCUCCCGCGUGGCCUUGGAACGAAGGCCCCAAGGAACAUGACAUGAACUCAGGCAUGUCGACAGCCUACAGGGAAUGGCGAAUCGAGAAGGGGUUCCCUGUCAUGCCCAGCCAAGCAGACCGACAGUGGGCUGGCAAUCUCGAGCUACAACUCUCCCAGGCUCAACGAGAGAUUGAGCAACUCAAAAUGCAUCUCCAGGAUGCCAAGACCCUUCAGCAAGAGUUGAAGGAGGCCUUGCAGGGCAGGCUAGACGAUAAAGACGCCCUGUUGAGGUCAAAGGAUCAAGAGAUCCAAAGACUACGCGUUGACGGCAGCGACUCGGGAUCUCGACAACGCCGGAGCUUGGACCGCCAUACCAACAUGCGGCUUAGUCAACAGCUCGCCAUCACCGAAACCACGGUUACCGCCCAGCGUCAAGAGCUGAAGACCGCCAAUUCUCGUAUCACCCAUCUUGAGAAUCUGCUUACCGAUAAUCCUAGCAAGGUCCAGGCUCUCGAGACCGAAUUGGCCGAGGCCAAUACGAGGGCCUCCAAUGCCGAGGAUAACAACAGACACCUCGAGAGACAGUUGCGUGAUGCCAACACUCGACUCGCUGGCGGUCAUGAACCCGAGCCGUCAAUCCGGAUCCCGGAAGGGCCUCUUGGAGAGCUUGCCGGAAUGUACGCUGUCCUUGCGCGCGAGGUCACAGAUUUGCCCAUUCUGCCCCAGAGGUUUGCAUGCUUCGACCUGCAAACCACCGCGGCCGAAGUGGCCCCCCUGCUCUUCCGACUCGAUGCAAUGGGGAACCUGCGGAGAUUUCUCGCCGCUGGUUCAAGUCACUAUCAUUGCCUGGAGAACGUUGUAGAUGGCAUUUCAAAGCCGACGUACGACUGCCGCGAUCACAAAGGUGAUUGUGUGUAUGUCAGAGUUGCGAAUACAGCACAUGGGAACGUACUGGACUUUAGUGGUAGCGAGGAGUAA